CGAAACCAUACAAUAUAUAACAAAGUGCUUCAUAACACUACACACAUGCACACGCACGUUCAUGAACGAGAGACGAAAGCUUUUUUAAAAUAGCCUAAAGCCUCACAAUUCUCAAAUCAAUCGCUAAAAACACUUUCUAAUUUUGGGGUUUUGAAUUUUCAUUUUUUUCCGUUUUAAUUCAUAAAAAUCAAACAAAAAAAAAAGAGAGCGGUCACGACGUUUCUUCGAUAAUUCUUCUUCUUCCUUCUUCCAUCCUUCAUCUUCUUCCUCUGUGUUUUUUUUUGUUUUCUUCAUCUCUCCUUUUUUGAUUUUUACCGCCGGAGAUUUUUGUAUUUUUGUUUUCUUAUUUCCGUUACCGUAAAUUCGCCGGCGGUGAAAGAGAGAAUGAAGGGGAGAAUAUCAAAAAUAGGAAGCUAUGCAAUCUCAUCAUCCAUAAGAGACCAGCAUCAGCAACCUUGUAUCUCUUGUACUACUUUCAACAUCCUUGCUCCCAUCUAUAAACGUCUCUCUCCCAAGGAUCAAAGUCUUCGUGAAAGUGAUAAUCGAACGUAUUGGCUUGGAAGGAAUCAUAGAAUCAUUGAUUGGUUAUUGUAUGAAAGGUCUUCCAUCAUUUGUUUACAGGAGUUUUGGGUAGGGAACGAAGAGCUUGUUAAUAUGUAUGAGAAGAGACUUGGUGACGCUGGUUAUCUCAGUUACAAGCUUGGCCGUACUAAUAACCGUGGCGAUGGUUUGCUUACGGCUGUUCAUAAGGAUUAUUUUAGAGUUGUGAACUCGAGGGAUUUGCUUUUUAACGAUUGUGGUGAUCGAGUUGCGCAGUUGCUACAUGUAGAAUUAGUUCCUCCUUACUCUCAGUAUGAUGCUCAUCAACAAGUUUUGAUUGUCAAUACUCAUUUGCUGUUUCCUCAUGAUUCAACGUUGUCUAUAGUUAGACUGCAGCAGGUUUAUAAGAUUCUUCAGUAUGUAGAGUCUUAUCAGAAGGAAGUUAAUCUCAGUCCUAUGCCUAUUAUACUUUGCGGAGAUUGGAAUGGAAGUAAGCGAGGACAUGUCUACAAGUUUCUCAGGUCACAGGGUUUUGUGUCGUCUUACGACACUGCUCAUCGGUAUACAGAUUCAGAUGCUCACAAGUGGGUAAGCCACCGGAAUCAUCGGGGUAACAUAUGCGCUGUUGAUUUCAUAUGGCUUCUAAAUCCAAAUCGGUAUAGAAAGCUGUUGAAAACUAGUUGGAGUGAAGCAGUGUUUGGCAUGUUCAGGUAUCUACUGAGAAGAGCCUCACUAACAGCUGAAGAUGCUUUUGCCUUUCUGAAAACCGACAAUGAUGGUGACCACAUUACAUUCUUGGGUUUCUGUGAAACGCUUCGGCAGCUCAAUUUAACAGGUCAUUGCAAUGGACUUACGGCAAAAGAGAUUAAAGAUUUGUGGACUCAAGCUGACAUUGAUGGAAAUGGUCUUCUAGAUUACAAAGAGUUUCAGCAAAGAAUAUGGAACCAAACUUGGUCAGAACAGAGAGACGCAGCAGACGGAGAAGCAAAAGGUAACCGAGAACAAACCGUCGGAUUCAGCGUCAAAAACGCAGUUUUGUUUCCUCCUGAAGUUGAAAAAGGAAUAUGGCCAGAAAAUUACUCUCUAUCAGACCACGCGAGGCUAACCGUUGUAUUCUCUCCCAUAAGAAUGCCUUGCUCUCAGUUGGUUUCAUGACAAAAACACUCAAACAACAAAAUUUAGCUUCUUCCCAUUUAAAAAGAGACCUCAGUUUUGUCCCCCUUAUAGAGAAAUUGCUCUGUCUUCCAUUAGUUCGACUUGACCGCUCUCACUCUUUGCGGUUCUUGCGUUGAGGGAAGAAGAGAUAAAGGGAGACAGAGGUUCUAUAAACUUAUACGGUGUACAAACAUGUAAAACUAUUUAUGAAGCUUAUGUAUAAAAAUUGGUGUAGUAGAGAUUUUAAGUAAGAAGCAGUUUUUGCAACUU